GUGUUAUUAAACAGCUGUUGUUCACCUGGUAUGAACUGGGUCAAGUUAUGUGCACCUUACCUGCACCCAGAAUAUGUUUGUUCCUGAUGUUGACAGUAGUCUUUGUCAUUAUAAAAAGCAUUCCACAUUACAUUGGGUCAAUUAACAUUAAAUGCUGCCUUUGUUGCUGGAUUUGGCUCUGAAGAAGCUUUAAUUAUAUUAUUUUCUGCUAUAGAUCUAAGGGUGCAUCUAUAUCCAGAACAUCAACUCAGAGACUGUUACUAAGUGAGAACUCUCAAGAGAAGGCAGAGCAGGCAGUUGUCUGGAGGGAAAUAAAAUCCAUAUUUCAACAUGGCUACUAGCCAAGUAGCUGCUAGUCACCAAGCUGACGUUAACAAAAAUGAGGGAAGAGGAACGACAGCCACAGUACCUACAAUAGCAAAACCACAUGCUAAGAAAGGAAGACUCUCAUCUUCCUGUUCAGUAGACAGCAUCCACCAUAUGCAUGAACCCACAGACCACAUGCUCCUAGCAGUAACCAAUCACAUCUUCAGAAAAAACUGGCACAGUCUUGGAGAGAAGCUAGGCUUCACUCCAACAGAGAUGAAGAAAUAUGAAGAUAGAUAUCCUACUGAUGAGAAACAGCCAGUGUUUUUGAUGUUAAGAACAUGGCGAGACAGGCAGGGAGAAUCGGCAACAACGGAACAUCUGGAAGAUGCUUUGGCUUCAGUGAGAUUGUCUGACGUGGCUGAAGACAUUCAUGAGCUCUACUGCCUAGAAACUGUGGAUGAGUUGUAGAAAGGCUGCCCCCUUCUAAGGCAGAAGUCCAGCAAUAUGUGUAAAAUACUUGUUCUGCGCAGUUCACAUGUAACCUUUUUUGCAGCACAUAACUGUGUUAAAGUGGUGUUUAAUGAGAUAAAAGUUAUGGAUGCAAAACUGAAUAUGUUUUUCAAUGUUUCAAUGUUGUAUGGUAUGAGUAGUUGACUCUUUCAAUAUUGCUUCAUAUUCUUUCAGGUAGUUCUUAUUUAAGGUUAUAAUAUUACUGUUAUUUUUGAUUGAGCUUCACAGAUGUUUUUUUUCUACCAUUUUGGAUGCUAAAUUAGUUAAUUUAGCCAUGAAAAAAGUUUUUUUUUGUUUCAUAUUUCUUUUUUUUCAUGUAAUUUUGUAUUGCUGCCAUUUUCAGGCUUUUCUGGUUGUCGAAACUUUCACCCAAACUGAAUGGCUUUAACUUAGUUCUCAUCGUCUCUUUCAACAAGUUUUUGUUUUGGUUUUUUGAAAUUAAAAUGAUGACCUGAACUGUAUUUAAAGAAAUUUGGACAUACUUACGUCAGGUAAAACUAGGUAACCUCUGACUGGUGCUAAUGUUUGAUGAGCUUCACCUCUAUAUUCUCACUGCUUUGUAAUGUGCCAUUCUGUGUAGUGUACAUAACCACUUCAGUUUAUAUCCCAACUUGUCUCUUCAUAGAAGAUAAUGUAUGCUUUAUUUCAGAUGCCAAAAUGAAAUGAAAAAAAAGGGCAUAUUAAGCCAGUGUCUUUAUGUUGAUUUGUACAUUUUAUGUUGUUGUCAGAGAAAUCUAUCCACAGUCUGCUGCAAACAGUGCCAUUAUUCAGAACUUUUGUAUUUUGUACACAGGCUUGUAAUUUGGAGUUACAUUUUCCAUAUUUGGGUCAGGUUAUUGAAAUAUAUUUCUGGUUAUUGCAAAGCAUUUUUUAAAUUAUGUAAAAGAGGUUGGGGUACUAAGUACAAAGUUUGUUUUAUUCUAAUAAUAAUAACUUUUUUGUUAUUGAAUAUCAAAAGCAAUGCUCUUUACAAUAUGACAAGUUGAUGUCAAAAAGUGGUUGUAUUUUUUUAUAUACAUGAAAAUUACUAUAUUAAUAUAAUAGACCAGUCCCCACUGAGUGAACUUUACUAUCAGUAUAAAAAGGAGGUAGAAAAUUUCAAUGGCAUGCAGUCUACUUAAACAAUAAAUGUGUAUGUAAGAUGAUACAAGAAUAUCAACUAGUAACUGAAGCUAUAUUCCUUGAUCUCCAUGUUAGUUUUCUGUUUUUUAACAAUGGUAAGUUUUUCAGUUACGCUUCUGUAUUUUGUUUGAAAAAUGCCUUUUCAAAAAAAUAAAAAUAAAUUAUGGUUAAAGAAGACCCAUGCUUAUUAGUUCUUUUGAACCCUGUUUAUGACAUGGUUUAAACCAUUAUAUUCAUCCAGAAAAAGAAGCAGUUCAUGGCCUUAAUUCGAAGCGGGGGAAGUUAAAACUUUCAAUUUCCUGUCA